GGGCGAUGUUGCGCUACAGUGCUGGAUUAUACUAAUGGAGGCUCUAACGCUCAGACAACAAAACCUCAUUCCUUUUUGGACAUCGUCGAGCUUUGACGGCAAUGAACGUUUCAUUUUUGCAGACUAGUGGAUCCAUGUACGUGUUGAAGAGCGAGUUUGUGGUUGUGUUUCGAAGCCCGGCCAUCCUCCAGACUCGGAGCAUCUGCAAGAGCGUCGGUUGACGACGUGAUCAUUUUGAAUGAAGGUCAGACUGGAGUUACUCUUCCAUCCAUCCAUUUUCUUACCGCUUGUCCCUUUUGGGGUGGCGGGGGGUGCUGGAGCCUAUCUCAGCUGCACAUGGGCGGAAGGCGGUGCGUACACCCUGGACAAAUCGCCACCUCAUGGCAGGGCCAACACAGAUAGACAACAUUCACACAAUAGGGACCAUUUAGUGUUGCCAACUCUUGAUCCCAUUCCAGUUUGCUAUUGUGAUGCCUUUUAGAUGCUAGAUGAUGGACUUCCCAGGUCACUUCCAGAACAUUUUCCAGCAGCUGAACCUCCAGCGGCUCCACGCUCAGCUGUGCGACUGCGUGGUGGAGGUGGGCGGCCACAAGUUCCACGCUCACCGCGCCAUCCUAGCGGCCGGCAGCUCCCACUUCAAGGCCCUUCUCGGCUCGGGCGAGGAUGCUGGCGGUGGAGGUCCCGGUGUGAUGGUCAUCGACCCGGAGGUGGUGACCCCGGAGGCCUUCUCCACGCUGCUCGACAUGAUCUACACGUCCACCUUGUCGCUCGGGGCCUCCAACGUGAUGGACGUGCUGUUGGCCGCCUCGCACCUGCACCUUAACGCCGUGGUAAAGGCUUGCAAGCUGCACCUGUCCAGAAAAAACUUCCCGACUUCGGCGCCCAAAGGCUGGAGGUCUGUGGAAGUGCUCGACGAGGGCGGCGUGGUGGUGGUGAGCCAGUCUGGUGACGAGUCCUCAAAGCACAAGAGAAAGCCUCAUGAGGAGAGGUUAGGCGACAGGAAGAGGACCUGCGGAAUGCCUGGAGAUGAGGACGAGGUUAUCAACGAGGAAGCCAAAAUCUGGGAGGGACGACCAGAUGAGGUGGAGGAGAAAUACGGAGCGACCAUGUCGUUAGAUAUGGAGGAGAUCCAGCUGCCGAGUCAGUCGGACAGCAGUGCAAGUGGAGUGAAAGUGAAACUGGGGGAGGAAGGCGGAGGAGAGCCCAAGAUGGAGACAGUAGAGGUAAAGAAAGAGACUAUGACCACUUCCUCUUCUGAUCGCUCUCUUGCAGAAGAUUGUGGCGAUUUACAGGAGCAAAUAAGCAGUCUGGCAGGUGGCGACGUGGGCGGUUUACAAACACACCUCUGCUCAGAUCUGGCUGGAAGGGAUGCUGGGUUUGAAGACGAGGGCAUUGACAGCCUGUCUGAGUUGGCCCUGUCCUGCUUCCUAAACCCUGGUCAUGAGGGCGAGACAGCAGCUAUGGACCAAGAAGAGGGUUUUGCAAGUCUCGCAGCAGCCGCCACUGCAGCAGCCGCCGCCAGUGAUGCUGCGGGACAACGGGGUCCCAACACCUCGGCUCAAGCCCCGGACGCGACCUUGCUUUUAACGUCCGUCCCUUUGGAACAAAUACUCCCGACACAGAGUCCGGGUUUUAGCGACACGCUCAUCCUCCGGCCUGCGCACAACUCCUUGACAGGGUUCCUCAGUCUGGAGGCCCCCAAAGGACGCGCGGCCUCGAGCGGAACGACCUUCCGCCGCAUCGCCCCCAAAGUGUUGCCCGAGUCAGACGCGGAUCCCUCCGCAGCCUUGUCCUCCGCAGCCUUGUCCUCCGCAGCCUUGUCCUCCGCAGCCUUGUCCUCCGCAGCCUUGUCCUCCGCAGCCUUGUCCUCCGCAGCCUUGUCCUCCGCAGCCUUGUCCUCCGCAGCCUUGUCCUCCGCAGCCUUGUCCUCCGCAACCUUGUCCUCCGCAGCCUUGUCCUCCGGCCCCGCAGCAGAUGACAGAGCACCUCUGACCAGAGCGUCGGAGGACGUGCUCUCCAAGUGCAAAAAGGCGGCGGCCGAAGACAACGUGCUCCUGGUGGAAGGGGAGAAGAAGUACGCCUGCAAGAUCUGCUCCAAGACAUUCAUGAACCUGACGGAUUGUAAGAAACAUAUUCGCGUCCACACGGGAGAAAAGCCUUAUCCUUGUCCAAAAUGUGGGAAACGCUUCAGCCAGUCGUCUCAUUUGUACAAACACUCCAAGAAUUCCUCCUGCGUGAACUGGAAGGACGAGCAUUCUUUCCCAGACGCUCUACCCUGAGAAGCUGUGAUGUCACUGCAUGUGGAUAUCCACAAAAUGUGUUUUCACUCAUAAAGUAUCUCACAAAAGCGAGCACUCCUCGACAAUUGGCGCAAACAUUUGUAUUACUUGCAGCGUCCCAAGGGACAACACUAAGAUUGAACUUGGAUGCACCUUAAAGCAGGCCAGAGCAAUUAUUUUGACUCGGGGGGACAAAUUUAUAGAAAAAAAUGUGUCUGGGGGUCUGUAUAUAUAUAUAUAUAUAUAUAUAUAUAUAUAUAUAUAUAUAUAUAUACACACACACACAUAUAUGUAUAUGUGCAAAUGGUGGUGGUAGAAUCAUGAUCUGGGGUUGCAUGAGUGCUGCACUGUGACAUUGUGAAGCAGAGCAAGAUCACCUCUCUCUCGGGGGAAAGUGAUGGAAGAGCCAAGUUUGUCUUCAGACAUGAGCCUAAUUGAACACUUGGGGGCCAUCUUUAAUCUGUGGGAAGGUAGAUGAGUGCACCAGUGAUGUCAUCAUAGAGUGGAAAAGGACACAUAGUAACAACUUAAGGCAGUACUACACAACAAUGGCACCCACAUUUAAUAAUGACACCAUUUGGACAUAUUACUGCUAUGCAAACUGUACACUGACUACUCUAAAGUGUAUCCAAGGUUCAUUUCUACUGUAUAGUCCCUUGAGAAGAUGAUUGCUGAAAUGUGGGGGUGUGCUCUUUAGUGAAAUACUAUAUAUCAAAUGAAAGUUUACAAUUCACUGAAAAUAGUAUUUUCCAAUCCUCAUUUCAUUUUGUACACUGCAAAAAGUCAGUGUUCAAAAACAAGAAAAAAAGUACAAAAAUGAGGGGUAUUUUAUUUGAACUAAGCAAAAUUAUCUGCCAAUAGAACAAUAAAAUUUGGCUUGUCAAGACUUUGCAAAACAAGUCAAAUUAGCUAACCUUAAUGAACCCAAAAAUACCUUAAAAUAAGUAUAUUCUCACUAGUAACAAGUGCACUACUAUAUGAGUACAUAUUUUCUAUUGUUGCAUUGAAA